UGAAAUCAAAGUGUACAUACAAAAGACGACAAAGUUAAAAGAAAGCGAGAUCACAAAGAACACAGAGAUUCUCUCUGCCUUACUCAUCAACCCUCCACUUUCUUCAUUCCAUCUAACUGCUAUCCUUAAACCAUCCUCCAUGACACAAUAAAGAGGGAUUGUCCAACGAAAAAUUGCCGUCAAAAAUCUAAUGGGUUUCCUCUUCAUCUUCUUCAAAUCCUUAUCAGAAAAUAAGCCUUUCCCACGUUCUUGUUUUUAUCACUUUAUAUGUUUCCUAUAUUUUAUGCUUACUCUUCCAUUUUUUAGCAUUACACCAGCUCAAGCCAGCCGUUGCAGAACCUAUUGUGGCACCAUUCCAAUAAACUACCCUUUUGGUAUUGAUGAUGGCUGUGGCAGUCCUUAUUACAGGCACAUACUUGUUUGCUCUGAUUCAGGUAAUCUCGAGCUUCGAACUCCUUCUGGGAGAUACCAAGUACACAGCAUCAGCUACUCUGAUCCCCAUAUCAUAGUUGCUGAUCCAUUCAUGUGGAAUUGUCAAGAUGGCAAUCACUUCAGGGCAACUAGGCCUUUUAGCCUUGAUACAAGCACACAUUUCACACUCUCCUCUCAAAACGACUAUCUCUUCUUUAACUGUAGUGAGAAGAACGUGAUCGUUCGGCCCAAGCCUAUGUUCUGCGAGCGGUUUCCUGAUCAGUGUGAUUCCACAUGUGAUAGUGCAAGUUAUCUUUGCAGGCACCUGCCAGGAUGUGCUACUGCAUUGGGCGGCAGUUCUUGCUGCUCUUACUACCCGAAAGCAACCGAAUCUCUGAGGCUUAUGCUCGAGUAUUGUGCUAGUUACACAAGCAUUUAUUGGAGAAAUGGUGCAAAUUCUCCUUAUGAUCAAGUCGCUGAGUAUGGGAUUAGGAUCGAUUUUGACAUUCCAGUGACUACCCAUUGCCUUGAGUGUCAAGACAUGAUGAAAGGAGGCGGAACUUGUGGAUUUGACAUACAGUCACAGAAUUUCAUGUGUCUAUGUAACGACAGAAAUGUCACCAGUUAUUGCAAAGAUCAUGGCACUUCUAGGCAGCAUAGCAGGGCAGGGGUCAUUGCAGGGACUGUUACUGGAGUUUCAGCUGCUGGUGCCUUGGGAGUUGGUGCUGGCAUAUGGUAUUGGAAAAAAGUGAGAGCUAAAGCACCAGUAACAUGUGGGGUUCAGAGCACUGAGAACAGGCUCUUCUGAUGAAACCCAUCAACUAAAGCAAAGCAGCAAAUACUAUACUUUUCUUUACCCACCCUUUGAUUUCUGUUUAACAAGCCUCUUUUAUUAGUUAACUAUGUUUCUUUGUUACAUUUAACAAAACUCCAUACAAUGCUUGAUUAGAAAGCCCAAGACAUUUUUUAUUGAUUGGAAUAAUAUAUAGCAGCUUUUGAGUUU